AUGUUGCUUGCAACUUACGCAAAACUGGAUCCAUCUCGACUGAGAUGCGUUGUGGAGCAGUUGAGGGACAUGGAACCCCACAGGAAGAGCCGGUAUUUCGUAAUAUCUUACGUGUCGAAUGUGAUCAGUGUUGACUUGAGGGACAUGGAACCCCACAGGAAGAGCCGGUAUUUCGUAAUAUCUUACGUGUCGAAUGUGAUCAGUGUUGACGUGAUUCUCGCAAUAUGGUCGAAUCUACCUCAAGAUUUACUGAAAGCGCAUGACGCUGCCAACGUGUCGUUCCCACUCAUGGCUUCGUCGUAUCGGAACUUGUUUUCACGCCAUGUCAAAGGUGAUGCUAAGGCUGCGUUCCAAACAUGGAUCGUGCCGUUGUUGAACAGAUGCGAUGGAAAAGCGGAGGAUUUGUUGAAAAAUCUGGUCAUCGUCGACUCGAAGGUGGCAGCCUCCAUGUGCGACGCGUUGGAUUUCGAGAAAGUCACAGAGCCCCAAUUGCGACUUGUG